AUGUUGGUUUUUUAUCUCAUAUACAAUGAAAGGUUAAGCGGUAAGGAAUAUUCUUCUAUUCGUUCCGGUUCUGUGUUCGUAUGGGAUGAAAGAGAAUUUGUUAUUAUUAUGAGACGUUGGACUGAUGGUAAAAGUUGGCCUGCAAGUAGAAUCAAUGGAUGUUUUUUAACCUGCAGAGAAUUAGAAUCAUCUAGCUCUUGUGGUAAUAAUAAUUCUCAUGAUUUGUCAAGCGAAGACACUGAUUCAA